AUGAGCCCGAAACAGUGUGAUCACAAUCCGACCUCGGCAACCGAAAACGAUUUGACGGCCAUGAGUGAUGUCGGCGGUGGCCCGAUGGAGAUGAUGCUGUUCACCGUUAAUCAGAUGUUCGAGCAUGCCGUGUUGGUAAAUGAGCUGGAAUCAAUAGCCAUGAUCACGUCAAUUUCUGUUUUCCGAGUCCGGCGGCUGCAGCGAAAGCUGCUCGACAGUCUCGUGGUCCUGGCCCACAUCGCACACCGUUUUCUUCUGCACGGCGAUCCGGCCGUCCGGGCAACUGCCGAACUGCUGACUACAGGCACCGCAUUCUUGAUCGGUCGCUUGUAUAACUUAACGAGGGUUGGCCCGCCAAUGGCAAAGUAA